AUGAGUACAAAAUGUAAAAUAGAUUGUUUAGAUGACUUAAUUACAAAUACUUCAACUAAUGAACCAAAAACUAAAUCGAAAAAAAUGCCAGUUAUUGUUUGGAAUAGUGCACCACCACCAGUAAUUAACGAAGUCAGUGAAGAUAUAAACCAAGGUAUUCCAAAUGACUCCGUUUUAUUUUUAUAUAAUCCAGAUGAAAAUAUAACUUAUCCAGAUUCUGCUAUAGCAAUCAUUCCACGAUAUUUUCCAGGUGAAUCAGAACCUAGAACAAUUCUAACCACUCAUGGACAACUAAAGAAGGAAAUACAAAAUCGUCCUAAAGUAAUUACCUGGUAUAGUAAAAUUCCAUCUCAAUCAGAAGCAAAUAAUCUCAUUACCGAUAAGAUACACUACAAUUUCAUUGAUUCCAACUCAAAAAUUCAAAAUCAAACAUCAAUCCAAUUGAACAAGGUACCUAUUUUGAAACAUUUAAAAUUACUGCACCAAUAUAAAUUACCUGAACCAUAUCCAUUUAAAUUACCAGCUAUAAUGAAUCAAGAAAAUGGAUUUCCAAUUGCAGUUGAAUAUAAAGGAAUAUACUUUAUUACUGAAUCAUUUUCACAAUUGUUACAACAACAAAAAUGGGUUCAAUCAAGUGAACUAAAAAAACAAAUAAUACAAAUUGGUUUGAAAUAUUAUGAUGAACAAAUAAUCAUGUACAAAUGCCCUUAUUGUAUCAAUUUUUAUCAAUCUUUGAAUGAAUACCAAGAUCAUCAUGAUACUAUGCAUAUAUUAAAAGUAUUAAGUAAAGAAUUCAAAAUUUUACAACCUGAGUUAUGUGAAGAAUGA